AUGUCGGAGCACGCAGCGCCCGGUGCCCCGGGGCCUGGGCCCAAUGGCGGCGGCGGCGGCCCGGCCCCCGCGCGAGGGCCUCGCACCCCCAACCUGAACCCCAACCCUCUCAUCAACGUCCGCGACCGGCUCUUCCACGCGCUCUUCUUCAAAAUGGCCGUGACCUACUCUCGCCUCUUCCCGCCUGCCUUCCGCCGACUCUUCGAGUUCUUCGUGCUGCUCAAGGCCCUGCUGGUGCUCGCUGUCCUGGCUUAUAUCCACGUGGCCUUCUCCCGCUCGCCCAUCAACUGCCUGGAGCACGUGCGUGAACGCUGGCCCCGCGAAGGCGUCCUGCGAGUGGAGGUCCAGCACAACUCGAGCCGUGCGCCCGUCUUCCUGCAGUUCUGUGAUGGUGGUGCUCGCAGUGGCGUCCCCGGCCUGGCGGUGGAGCCUGGGGGCGGCCUGGAGCUGGAGGAAGAGGAGGAGGAACUGACCAUGGACAUGUUCGGGAACAGCUCCGUCCAGUUUGAGCUGGACAUCGAGCCUAAAGUGUUCAAGCCACUGGGCACCACAGAUGCCCUCAAUGACAGCCAGGAGUUCCCCUUUCCGGAGAUGCCCACCAAAGCCUGGCCCCAGGACGAGUACAUCGUGGAAUAUUCGCUGGAGUACGGCUUCCUGCGUCUCUCUCAGGCUACCAGGCAACGCCUCAACAUCCCAGUCAUGGUGGUCACGCUGGACCCCACCCGGGACCAGUGUUUUGGGGACCGCUUCAGCCGCCUCCUGCUGGACGAGUUUCUGGGUUACGAUGAUAUCCUCAUGUCCAGCGUCAAGGGCCUGGCCGAGAACGAAGAGAACAAGGGCUUCCUGCGGAACGUGGUGUCAGGCGAGCAUUACCGCUUUGUCAGCAUGUGGAUGGCGCGCACGUCCUACCUGGCUGCCUUUGUCAUCAUGGUCAUCUUUACCCUGAGCGUGUCUAUGCUGCUGCGCUACUCCCACCACCAGAUCUUUGUCUUCAUUGUGGACCUGCUGCAGAUGCUGGAGAUGAACAUGGCCAUCGCUUUCCCCGCAGCGCCCCUCCUGACCGUCAUCCUGGCCCUUGUAGGCAUGGAGGCCAUAAUGUCCGAGUUCUUCAAUGACACCACCACCGCCUUCUACAUCAUCCUCAUCGUGUGGCUGGCUGACCAGUACGACGCCAUCUGCUGCCACACCAGCACAAGCAAGCGGCACUGGCUCAGGUGA